AUGCAGAUCGACGGCGAGCAUAGGCCCUACUCUCGCACGGGACUGGCCUUACCUGGUGGUCGCAUUCCACUGUCCAAGUUGGAGCCGUGCUUGAUCAUCAAGGCAGUCCACAGCGCGGUUGGGCAGGACGGGGACGCAGAUCCUACAAAGAAUCCUGACUUCUUACAGUCUCAAGUGGCAAUCUUGAGUGCGAAGCGUCGUCCUCCAGUGGUCCACUUCUGCUCCAAGUCUGGCGGCUUUCAAGUAUUCUCGAUGUACGCAGCCGACGAUGACGAUGUGCCACACGUCAAGCCGGAGGACGUGCCGUAUCAUCUCUCUGUCAAGAGGUACGAUGACCAUGAGUACCAGAGGAUCCUUGGUUUCUCUAAGCCGGUCGACGACGAGAGCUUCAUUGUCAAACCUGCAAGUACUAUCAACCUCCAGGAGGCGUGCUUCGUGAAGGACAAUAAAAAGAUCGAGAUACUUGGGCGCUUGAGCAAAGAGGGUACUCAAGUCAUGAUCGAGAAGCGUGAGGCUAUCGUGGCUGAAGCUAAAGCUGCGUCGCACACGUCUUUGGAGCAGCGUCAAGAUGGGGUAGCCGCUGCGGAUGAGGACGAGAAUGAGUUCACAAUAAUGGACAUAUCGGAACUUCGAAAAGUUGCACGUGGGCUGAAGGUCCAAGCUUUGGAGGCUGAGGUUGAGGCCAACUAUCAGUACGAGAGAAAGAAACACUACAAGGCCAAGUGUGAGGUUCUUUCCAAGACUUAG